AUGUUUGAUCAAAUCUGGUCUUUCAUUCAACGAAUAUUCGAAUAUGUAUUUAUUGUGAUUAAGACUCUACCUCGUGAUCUUGUGGGCUUGUACACUUUGAUCAAAUAUCAUCUUUUACUCAAGUAUAAUGUUUUUCGAAAACGAGACUUCAUAGAAAUAUUCCGCAGCAAUGUCAAACAGUAUCAGUCAAAAGCGUGUUUGAUACUUGAUGACAAAUCUCUUUCGUUUCAGCAAAUUGAAGAUUUAACAAACCAAUUGGCAAACUUCUUCUCAGCAGAAGGUUUCAAGCAUGGUGAUAUCAUUGCACUUAUUUUAGACAAUUCACUGGAGUAUCCGUGCGUUUGGGUGGGAAUGUGUAAAAUUGGUUGUAUAACUGCGCUCAUCAAUACGAAUCUUCGCGGAAAGCCACUUAUCCAUUCCAUAAGUACAGUGAACGCCAAAAGUGUCAUAACAUCAACACACAUACUUUCAGAAAUCGAAAAUGAAUUGAACGAAUUACGUAUCAAUAAAGUUUAUCUAUUCGAUCCAAAAGAAUCAAUAACAACAAAUGAAACCUCUACUUCUUUUGAAACAACUCAAUUGUAUGACCAAUUGCAAGUAUGUUCAACCCAACCACCUAAGCCUCUUCCAUACGAUUUAAAACAUCCUGUUUUCUAUAUUUUCACGUCGGGUACCACUGGUUUACCCAAAGCAGCAGUGAUUAAACAUUCACGAUUUCUUCUCGGUACAUUUGGUUUUCUUACUGCGACAGGUAUCAAACCCACAGAUAUCAUGUACAAUACACUUCCACUCUACCAUUCACUUGGUGGUUGGGUUUGUAUCACCUACAGUCUUGUCGGUGGUUGUACAACCGUAAUACGAAAGAAGUUUUCUGCAUCGAAUUUCUGGAAAGAUUGUGUCAAAUAUCGAUGUACAGGCUUUACCUAUGUUGGUGAAUUAUGUCGAUUUUUACUUGCUCAACCGCCGAGUGAAUUUGAUCAGAAACAUUCGAUUAAAUUCUGUUCGGGAAAUGGUCUUCGACAAAAUUUAUGGAUGCCGUUUUCUAAACGCUUCAACAUAAAAAAUAUUCAUGAAUUCUAUGGUGCAACGGAGAGUAAUGCUUAUUUUUUUAAUCUUGAUUCAUAUCCUGGUGCUUGUGGAUUUUCUUCCAUCAUCGUUCCUCGUAUUCUUGGUUCGUUUCUUAUUCGAUUCGAUCCGGAAACAAUGGAACCAUUGCGUGAUGAAAAAACGAAACUAUGCAUUCCGUGUAAUGCAGGAGAACGUGGUUUACUAGUAGGACUGAUAAAAAAGAGUGUGUUCAAUGCUUUCGAUGGUUAUGUGAAUAAUCCCUCAGGUACAAAUCGAAAGAUUAUUGAUAAUGUUUGCAAAAUCGGUGAUCAAGUAUUUAACACUGGUGAUGUGAUUUAUGCAGAUAAAUAUGGAUAUUUUUACUUUUGUGAUCGAACCGGUGAUACAUUUCGAUGGAAAGGUGAGAAUGUUUCAACUGUGGAAGUGGAAAAUAUUCUUAUGACUAUUCUCAAACGAAACGACGUCGUGGUUUUCGGAGUGUCCAUUCCAGAAUGCGAAGGCAAAGCUGGCAUGGCUGUGAUUCUUGAUGAUCCUUCAUCGCCAAUCAAUAUGUCAACCGUAGCGAAUGAGCUGAAAAAGCAAGGUUUACCUUCGUAUGCGCGGCCAUGUUUUAUACGUUUGACAAAACAUAUCGAAUUGACUGGAACAUUCAAAGUGAAGAAAGCUGUCUUCCAAGAAGAAGGCUAUGAUCUGAAUCGAAUUACCGAAGACAUCUAUUACUUAAAUCAGCAAAAACAAACAAAAAGACAAAUGUGGAUUGAAUGGUUUCUUCGAUGUUCGACAUCGAUGAAGAAAUGGCCGAUAAAUUCACUACUAUUUAUUGAUAAUCGUAAAAUUGAGCGGAUUAACUCGAAGAAAACGAAUGAUAAUGAUUACCGAUGGAAAUAUUCACAAUCCAAAUCUCAUUCACAAUCAACUCUGUUCGCAUCAUCUGUCAUUGGAGCUUUGACCGCUGCAGCGACGGCUUUCUCAUGGGAAAAUGACGGAGUCAGCGAUAGAGAAUUACAAGAAGCCACUUCCGAUGAUUAUUUGCUAAACAUGACGAACGGUCAAAUCGAGGAUAUACUGAUAUCGCUCGGUUGGGAAAAACUCCUCCGCAAAGAUCAUCUGAUGCUAUUUCGUAAAUAUGAUGAUAAUCUUCAAGUGUAUUCAUACAAAAUUUUCGGCACAUUCAAUGAUAUAUCUGCAUUAGUAUUCUUCCAAGUACAACUCGAUCUUGACUAUCGAAUGAAAUGGGAUGAUCACGCUUUGCGCCUGUCGGUAGUUGACACACAUGAGAAUUCGCAAAGCGAUAUCGUUCAUUGGACACAGAAAUUUCCAUUUCCAUUUAACCAUCGUGAUUACCUUUACGUCCGACGUUACUGUUUGGAUACAUCUGCGAACUUCCCGCCGAAAAUUAUUAUCAAAUGUCAUUCAAUCGAUCAUCCUGAUGUUCAUAGUGAUAAGAAAUGUGUUCGAGUGAAUAAAUACGAAUCAUCGAUGAUCAUCCAAUCGAAAACCAAACUCGAUGAAAAAGGAAUGAAGUUUUUGUUAACUUAUCAUGAGGAUGCCAAAGCUUCUAUGCCAACGUCGACUUAUUCAUACAUAGCGCAGAGUGGAAUUCCAAGUUUUGUAGAGAAACUACAUGUAGCAGCAAAGAAACUUCCGAAAUCUAAAGAAUAUCUCAGCAUUGAUUCACUGCCUCAAUGUCGUUAUUUUGACGAUGUAUCUGAUUGA